GGAAGUGUAGUGGGCGGGGCCCGUCGGCGGAAAACGCAGCGGAGCCAGAGCCGGACACGGCUGUGGCCGCUGCCUCUACCCCAGCCACGGAUCGCCGGGUAGUAGGACUGCGCGGCUCCAGGCUGAGGGUCAGUCCGGAGGCGGGUGGGCGCGGGUCUCACCCGGAUUGUCCGGGUGGCACCGUUCCCGGCCCCACCGGGCGCCGCGAGGGAUCAUGUCUACAGCCUCUGCCGCCUCCUCCUCCUCCUCGUCUUCGGCCGGUGAGAUGAUCGAAGCCCCUUCUCAGGUCCUCAACUUUGAAGAGAUCGACUACAAGGAGAUCGAGGUGGAAGAGGUGAGCGAGGCCCGGCAUGGAGACGCCGGUCCCGGCCUGCCCCGCCCCCGCCUCUGCCUGGUCCCGGCUCUGAAGGUGCCUCCCGGGGCCCCUCUAAUUCGCGGGACCGUGCGGGGUCCACCCGGGAGACCCCACAGCCCUCAGUAACGUGGGAGUGGGGGUUACUCUCUGAGCUCAACUGCUCGGGAGUAGCUGCCUUUUUUCCUCUCUUGGGUACUCUUGAUUUUGGAUUUGAUAUUCCGGUGACAAACAGGAGAAUGAACUGGUGAGAUAGUGUGGUCCACCCGUUCUCGUAUCUGUUGUUGGAAGAGGAGCCUUUGGAGUUGUUUGCAAAGCUAAGUGGAGAGCAAAAGAUGUUGCUAUUAAACAAAUAGAAAGUGAAUCUGAGAGGAAAGCGUUUAUUGUAGAGCUUCGGCAGUUAUCCCGUGUGAACCAUCCUAAUAUUGUAAAGCUUUAUGGAGCCUGCUUGAAUCCAGUGUGUCUUGUGAUGGAAUAUGCUGAAGGGGGCUCUUUAUAUAAUGUGCUGCAUGGUGCUGAACCAUUGCCAUAUUAUACUGCUGCCCACGCAAUGAGUUGGUGUUUACAGUGUUCCCAAGGAGUGGCUUAUCUUCACAGCAUGCAACCCAAAGCGCUAAUUCACAGGGACCUGAAACCACCAAACUUACUGCUGGUUGCAGGGGGGACAGUUCUAAAAAUUUGUGAUUUUGGUACAGCCUGUGACAUUCAGACACACAUGACCAAUAACAAGGGGAGUGCUGCUUGGAUGGCACCUGAAGUUUUUGAAGGUAGUAAUUACAGUGAAAAAUGUGACGUCUUCAGCUGGGGUAUUAUUCUUUGGGAAGUGAUAACGCGUCGGAAACCAUUUGAUGAGAUUGGUGGCCCAGCUUUCCGAAUCAUGUGGGCCGUUCAUAAUGGUACUCGACCACCACUGAUCAAAAAUUUACCUAAGCCCAUUGAGAGCCUGAUGACUCGUUGUUGGUCUAAAGAUCCUUCCCAGCGCCCUUCAAUGGAGGAAAUUGUGAAAAUAAUGACUCACUUGAUGCGGUACUUUCCAGGAGCAGAUGAGCCAUUACAGUAUCCUUGUCAGUAUUCAGAUGAAGGACAGAGCAACUCUGCCACCAGUACAGGCUCAUUCAUGGACAUUGCUUCUACAAAUACGAGUAACAAAAGUGACACUAAUAUGGAGCAAGUUCCUGCCACAAAUGAUACUAUUAAGCGCUUAGAAUCAAAAUUAUUGAAAAAUCAGGCAAAGCAACAGAGUGAAUCUGGACGUUUAAGCUUGGGAGCCUCCCGUGGGAGCAGUGUGGAGAGCUUGCCCCCAACCUCUGAGGGCAAGAGGAUGAGUGCUGACAUGUCUGAAAUAGAAGCUAGGAUCGCUGCAACCACAGCCUAUUCCAAGCCUAAACGGGGCCACCGUAAAACCGCUUCAUUUGGCAACAUUCUGGAUGUCCCUGAGAUCGUCAUAUCAGGCAACGGACAGCCAAGACGUAGAUCCAUCCAAGACUUGACUGUAACUGGAACAGAACCUGGUCAGGUGAGCAGUAGGUCAUCCAGUCCCAGUGUCAGAAUGAUUACUACCUCAGGACCAACCUCAGAAAAGCCAACUCGAAGUCAUCCAUGGACCCCUGAUGAUUCCACAGAUACCAAUGGAUCAGAUAACUCCAUCCCAAUGGCUUAUCUUACACUGGAUCACCAACUACAGCCUCUAGCACCGUGCCCAAACUCCAAAGAAUCUAUGGCAGUGUUUGAACAGCAUUGUAAAAUGGCACAAGAAUAUAUGAAAGUUCAAACAGAAAUUGCAUUGUUAUUACAGAGAAAGCAAGAACUAGUUGCAGAACUGGACCAGGAUGAAAAGGACCAGCAAAAUACAUCUCGCCUGGUACAGGAACAUAAAAAGCUUUUAGAUGAAAACAAAAGCCUUUCUACUUACUACCAGCAAUGCAAAAAACAACUAGAGGUCAUCAGAAGUCAGCAGCAGAAACGACAAGGCACUUCAUGAUUCUCUGGGACCGUUACAUUUUGAAAUAUGCAAAGAAAGACUUUUUUUUUAAGGAAAGGAAAACCUUAUAAUGACGAUUCAUGAGUGUUAGCUUUUUGGCGUGUUCUGAAUGCCAACUGCCUAUAUUUGCUGCAUUUGUUUCAUUGUUUAUUUUCCUUUUCUCAUGGUGGACAUAUAAUUUUACUGUUUCAUUGCAUAACAUGGUAGCAUCUGUGACUUGAAUGAGCAGCACUUGGCAACUUCAAAACAGAUGCAGUGAACUGUGGCUGUAUAUGCAUGCUCAUUGUGUGAAGGCUAGCCUAACAGAACAGGAGGUAUCAAACUAGCUGCUAUGUGCAAACAGCGUCCAUUUUUUCAUAUUAGAGGUGGAACCUCAAGAAUGACUUUAUUCUUGUAUCUCAUCUCAAAAUAUUAAUAAUUUUUUUCCCAAAAGAUGGUAUAUACCAAGUUAAAGACAGGGUAUUAUAAAUUUAGAAUGAUUGGUGGUAUAUUACGGAAAUAUGGAACCUUUAGGGAUAGUUCAGUGUAAGGGCUUUGAUGCCAGCAUCCUUGGAUCAGUACUGAACUCAGUUCCAUCCGUAAAAUAUGUAAAGGUAAGUGGCAGCUGCUCUAUUUAAUGAAAGCAGUUUUACCGGAUUUUGUUAGACUAAAAUUUGAUUGUGAUACAUUGAACAAAAUGGAACUCAUUUUUUUUAAGGAGUAAAGAUUUUUAAUUCUGUGAUUGUGUGUAUGUGUGUUGAAACUGUAAAGCUUUUAUGACUCUAAUAUUAAUCUCUUAAAUGAAAUUAAAAGGCAAAAGAACAUGA